AUGAGCGAACUGGCACGGAGGCGGCAAAGUUGUGGGCUGCACUCGCAGCUCAAGGACCCGCCUUCCCUCUCCGCUCCACAUCUGCCGGAAGGCAUAAAGCGAGCCCGCAAGAGGGUGGUGAUUGCCGCGCUGUACCUCGGAACUGGGCACCACGAGAGGGAACUGGUAUCGCUGCUGCAGCAAGCAUGCGAACGGAACAGGGACCUCCGCGUGUCGAUCCUUCUCGACUGCGCGCGUGGCCUGCGCGGCGACCCCAACUCAGCCGCCAUGCUCAGACCCUUGGUGGAAGCCCACCCGGGGUCGGUGUCGGUGAGCCUCUACCAAACGCCCGAUCUGCGAGGACUGGUGAAGCGAUUCGCCCCGCCUCGAUGGAACGAGAUCGUGGGCGUAUCCCACUACAAGGCCUUCGUGUUCGAUGACGACACCAUGCUGAGCGGGGCCAACCUUUCCGAUCAAUACUUUACCAACCGACAGGAUCGCUACAUGCUCUUCAGGCAAUCCCCCGAGCUAAGCGACUUCUUCGAGACGCUCAUCAACAAGUCGAGCGAAUUUUGCUUUGGCGUGACGCCGCAGGGCGGCAUUCAGCUCCCGCCGGGCUGUCCCCACCCGGAGACGGCUCCGAUCGCCGAGUUUGCCGACUAUGCGCGAAGCCGCAUCGCCCCCCUCCUGGCCCCCGCUGCUCCUGCCGGCACAAACAGCGCCGCGUCGGCAUCGGCCCAGACCUGGGUCUUCCCCACGGUCCAGAUGGGUCGCUUCGGGAUUCACCAAGACGAGCGCGUGACCGAGCUCGUCCUGUCGUCGUGCACGGCCAGCGGAGCGACGUUGGACCUGGCGUCGGCCUACUUCAACAUCACCAAGCGAUACAAGGCCGCCAUUCUUUCGCCCCACAACCAGGCGCAGGUGAACAUCAUCACCGCGAGUCCCGAGGCCAACGGGUUCUUCAACAGCAAGGGCAUGUCCCAGCACAUACCCAUGGGCUACACGGCCAUGGAGAAGCAGUUCUUUGAGGAGGUGCAGGCCCGCGGACAGGGCGAACGCGUGCGGAUAUUCGAGUACUUCCGAGAAGGCUGGACCUUCCACGGCAAGGGCCUGUGGUACACUCCCGCGGGACAGAGCCGGCCCAUCCUCACCAUGAUCGGCAGCCCCAACUUUGGCCGUCGCUCUACCGACCGAGAUCUGGAGGCGCAGGUGGUGGUCCUUACCGAAGACCCUGAGCUCCGAGGAAAGCUCGCUGAGGAGAAGGAGAUGUUGUUUGCCAGCACCACGCUCGUGCGGAGCGCAACGUUCGAGAAGGCUGACCGCUAUGUCCAGCCGUGGGCCAAGCUCACCACUGGACUCCUCUCCUCCUAUUUUUAA